ACUGAUUAUCACGUGACCUUUGUACUCUAACAGAAGAACAGCAGUUUUGGUCUAGUAAAGAGUGGUUUUGAGGUCCAGAAAUCCAGUGUGUCUGUGUUCUAUGUGGACAGGAGUUGAUGAGAGUGUCCCUUGAAGCCGUCCCCUCGAUUGGCUGUCUUCAAGAUGGCUCUGUCCUCCUUUUUCGGAUCCUCUAAAAAAUUAGCCACAGUAAACACUACACCAGAAGAGAAAUUAUUUCUGGAGCCCGACACACUACAGCUCUACAUGGCAGUUGCAGGGCAACUCCCACGGCUCACGAAACUACCUCCCCAGUGCGACAUGCACGAGUGGCUGGCCACUAAUUCACUCUCGUUUUUCAACCACGUGAACGUUCAGGUGGGAGCAAUAUCAGCACUGUGUUCCUGUGGCUCAAUGACAGCAGGGAAAGAAACGUUUGAAUGGCUUGAGGACAAGAAAGGCAAGAAGCUGACUAAAACUCCAGCCAAGCAGUUCAUAGACACCUCUCUGUCACAGAUACAUAAGCAGUUGGAGGACGAGACCAUAUUCCCUACAAAGUUUGGAUUGGAAUUCCCACCAGAAUUUGGAGCUGUUGUCAAAAAGAUUUUUCGGACUUAUUUUGCAAUUCUGGCUCACAUAUAUUACCAUCACUUCAAGUCGAUGCUGAGACUCAGUCUUCACGAGGGACUCAAUACGUUGUUCCUACACCUUGUCUACUUCGUACAAGAGUUCUCUCUAAUGGAGCAGCGUGAACUGCAGUGUUUGGAUGAACUCAUUUCAAAACUGUGUGAAAUUGAUAAAGAGUACACCAAGAACCCUCCUAAGGUGGAAACUGACGGAUUGUUGUCCGCUGCUCAAUCAAAAAUUGAAACUAAACAAAAGUCAAAUUCAUUAGCAGCGGAGUCCAAGACCUGAUAGCAUCUUCCGAUCGAGUGUAUAUGUAGUGUUGAACUAGUUAUUUUCACCUGUUAAUAUUCUUUAUUUUUAAUUGUAUGUUGUAUGUUGUUAAUCAUAUUAUUAUUAUUAUUAUUAUUAUUGGUACUUGAUCAUCUUUAGCUCUAGCAAAAUUUUUAUGCCAUUUUGAUUGUUGUUCACUGUG